CAUCGCACUGCAUCCAUGGAAGGCGGCGGAGGAACAGAAGCCGGCGGAGGAACAGAAGCCGGCGAUGGCCAGCAAGGCAAGGCCGUCGCGACGGUCGGCGGCGGAACACGCGACCGCAGCGGAUCUGGAUCUGGAGGCCCUCGCCGUGUUCUGGCAGCCAGGUUCCAUCCUCGUCCGCCCUCGAAGGUCAAUCGGAUUCGGCGGAGCGGCAUCGGAGCCAAAAUUUCCAGGUACCUAGAGCUGCUAGACGGAGCAGUGGUUGGCGGUGGAGCGGCUCAUGCGGCUGGGCAGGACGGCCCGGCGGCAAAUGCUGGGCGAAACGGCGCGCCGGCAGGUGCCGGGCAAGCUGGUCUUGGGGCUGACCAGGACGCCAUGAGCUGGGAGUAUUUGGAUUGCUUUUUGCUUGUUUGCAUUAACUGCACACUAUAA